CCCGCGCCUGCGCCGUGCGAGGGGCCGGCGGCGGGGAUGUCGGACUGCUUCGAGGAGCGCAGCGGGGUGGUGUGGUGCGGGACGCCGUGGGGCCGCUGGUCGCAGACGCUGUCGGAGGUGGUGGUGGAGGUGGGCCUGCCGGCGGGGACACGCGCCGCGGACGUCCGCUGCUCUCUGCGCACGCGGCACCUCGACCUGGCCCUCAGGGGGCGGCCCAUCCUACAGGGUAAGCUCUUUGAUUCUACAAUAGCGGAUGAGGGAACGUGGACAUUAGAGGACAGAAACAUGGUGCGCAUUGUUCUCACCAAGACCAAGAGAGACGCUGGAAAUUGUUGGAGUUCUCUGUUAGAGAAUGAGUAUGAAGCUGAUCCUUGGGUACGGGACCAGAUGCAGAAGAAACUUACACUGGAAAGAUUCCAAAAUGAGAAUCCUGGCUUUGACUUCAGCGGAGCAGAAAUCUCAGGAAACUACAGCACAGGAGGACCAGAUUUUUCCAGUCUCGGAAAAUAAAAACCGUUGAAGUUGUAA